AUGAAAGUGCAACUAGUGGUCUUUGUGGUGCUCGGUUUGGUGCUUUCGGUCCUUUGCGAUGAACCCGACUACUCCUACGGGAGCAGUGGCGAAGCAGAAUGGAACACUAUCAGCCCGCAGUGUAACGGAACAAUGCAGAGUCCCAUUCCGUUGUCGUCGAUGACCGCACGGCCCGGCCUCGAGAUGCAGCAGUUGGAGUUUACCAACUACCAGCUGGAUCCCACCCAGGUGAUGGUGACGAACGAUGGACACACAGCCGUCUACAGUUUCGAGUUCCCCGACGGUCAAAACUUUACCGCCCGUGGUGGUCCCCUGCAGGGAACGUUCCAAUUCGACAGCCUGCACUUCCACUGGGGUGCCUCGUCCGAUCGGGGUGCCGAACACGUGGUGGACAGACGACGAUACGCCAUGGAAAUGCAUCUGGUCUUCUUCAACCAGCAGUACGGCUCAUUAAGCAAUGCCGAAACGAUGGAAAAUGGUCUCUUUGUGUUGGGGAUCUUCCUCACCAAUAGUACCACCGAACCCAACUACGGCUGGCUUCCUGCACUGAACCAGGUUCAGACGGCUGGAACGAGCUACACCCUACCGGAUCCGACGGUGUUCAACAUUAAGCAGCUGAUUGGCGCCAGGAGAAGGCCGUACUUUUCGUACCACGGUAGCUUGACCACUCCUCCGUGCUACGAGACGGUGAGCUGGAUCGUACAGAGGAAACCGCUGCCCAUAUCGGAGGCCCAGUUGAAUACAUUCCGCUCCCUGCGUAAAGAUAAUGGAGAACCCCUGGUUGAUAACUUCCGGAUGUUGCAGGAUAUCAAUGGUCGGCAAAUUUUCUUGUACCGAUAA